AUGACCACUGGUGGUCGUGAACCCUUAGGCAAGGAAAUUAGUGUAAAUGGAAGAAAUGGUGGCCAAGUGGGCCACCAAGAUGAUAUCGGGAAUCUCAACGAUGUCAAUGACCCGAACAUUAAAGACCAAUUCCAAAUUGAUUGUGUUGGGGCCAUUUGUUUGCCUCUAGCUGAAGGGAACUUUGUGUUCCACAUUAUAAGCACCAUUCUUCAGUUCCUUCAACUGAAGGGUUUAUUCGGAGGUCUGGUUCAUGAGGAUCCCCAUGAGCAUAUAAGAAAUUUUGUUGAUAUCUGUGGACUUUUCUCCUUUAAGAACAUAUCUCAAGAAUCGGUCCGGUUGAGGUUGUUCCCAUUUUCUCUAAUGGGUGAAGCAAGCAAGUGGUUGGUGUACUUACCAAGAGAUUCUAUCACUUCAAAGAAGAUGACUCUUCAUGAUAGUAUCCAAAGUUUUAAGUGCUUGGAGGGUGACCCAAUCCACGAGACAUGGCUGAGGUUCAAGAAGCUAUUGCUACAAUGCCCAACUCAUGGAUUGCCUAAGAACGAGACACUGCAAUACUUUGAUAGGAGUCUUGACUCAGUGAACAAAGAAGUUGCUGACCAACUCGUUCCCGGAGGUAUAAUGCAAAUUCCCUAUGAAGUAGUUUCCCAACUCCUCAACUGCAUGACCAAGAUUAACAGGGUGUGGUACACUUGGGAGGACAAAGUCUCUCCUCUAAACUUCCGAAUGACAAAAGAUCAAAUUGAAAAAGAUCAAGAGAGAGAUAAAAACAUGUCAAAGAUGUUCCCCCAGUUGGAUAUCUUAUCUAACAUUGUCAUGAGUAUUGGUACGAAGAGUGUUAAUGUUGUGGUUGUUGGUGGAGUGAACCUUGAUGAAGCCCAAUUUCAAGCAUUGUACAAUAAGGAAGUAAGGUACAUAUCGAACCAAGGAAAAGGUUAUCGUGCUAACUACCAAAGACAGGGUGAAAACCAAGGUUGGAAUAGAGAUGAGGGCUGGAGAGACCGUGAUAGAGAUUGGCGUGAUUGUAAUAACACUUGGAAGGAACGAGAAGGGGAGAAUGAUAGGUAUGUUCCUCCCUAUGACUGUCAAAGGCCUAAAGAUUUUGAGGGUGGCCGGACUGAGGAUAUUCUCUCAGGCUUUCUCAACAAGGUUGAAGGGUUCGAUAAAGUUUUGAAGGAAAUGAAGGACGAUGUAUCGACUCUCAGCCAGACGGUGACUUCUCAUUCCAUCUCUAUCAAGCAGUUGGACACCCAAAUGGGUCAAAUUUUGUCACAUCUUAACCCAAGACAACAAGGGGGUUUGCCUAGUGAUACUGUGGAAAACCCUAAGAAUGAAGCUUGA